CUUUCGACGCGACAUCAACAUUGCGAGACCUCUACUGUCACCUCCCAUGUCACUACACUCCACGACACCACAACAAUGACGAAUCUUGACAUGCUGCUGCUGAAAGGCGCCUCUUCAGACCUAACUGAAGAGAACCUGGCAGAAUUGCGCUACACGAUCCUUACAAAGGGCAUACCUGCCAAUAGCGAGGGCAUGUCGGAACUGCGAAUCUACAUCUGGCUGAUCCUGCUCAACGCGCCUCCCCUCCGCACUGACGUAUACCUCGACCUCGUCCGACAAGGUGCCUCGCCCGCACACGCAAAAAUCCAAAACGACACCUUCCGCACCUUCCAGGGAGAUCCUCUCUUCCGGCGGCGCGUAACGCAAAACAGCAUAACCCGGGUGCUCAAUGCGGUCGCAUGGCGGCUCAACGAUGCCCACGAAGCGCGCGUAAACGGAUGGCAGUCGCCUCCAACACUGUCAGAGUUUGGAGGGAGCCCUGACACGAGUAUCAUGUCGAGGCAUAGCUUUAGCACGGUGCCUGGCACAACGACGAAUCCCAGUACGACCAACGAUGCGGAGCAGAUUGGGUACGUGCAGGGCAUGAACGUCCUCUGCGGGCCCUUCCUGUACGCUGCGAAAGGCGAGGUGGAAGCCUUCACCGGGUUCGAGACACUGAUUACCCGCGAAUGCCCCGGCUAUGUACGCGGGUCUAUGGAAGGUGUUCACAAGGGCCUUGCGCUGGUGGAUCGGGUGCUGGAGGUUGUCGACCCGAAGCUGUACAGCCACCUAAUGGCACACCGCAUGGAAGCCAAGAUCUAUGCGUUUGCGUCUGUGCUUACGAUGUGUGCGUGCACGCCGCCGCUGCCCGAGGUGCUGCAGCUGUGGGACUUUUUGUUUGCGUAUGGGCCGCAUUUGAAUAUUCUGUGUAUUGUUGCACAGCUCGUCUUGAUUCGAGGCGAGAUUAUAAACAGCCCCAGUCCGAAUCAGAUUCUGAGAAAUCUGCCCGGGCUUCAGGCGAGAAGGAUCAUCGAUGUUGCUGUCAGCUUUUCUGGCCAGAUCCCGGAGGACAUGUACGCAGAGAUCGUCAGCCAUGCAAAGUAGACUGUAGCUGGCAAUGAGGCCUGCAGAGCAGCAGGACAAAAACAAGUACGAUUUACGAUGGCACGACCUCACGAUACCCUUUUACACGAUACAAAAC